UCGGAUUUCGGAAAAGUCAUUGCCGAUUGCCUUCUCCCUGGAGCCUAGCGCGUGGUGGUGUUGGACUCGGUCGCACACGGGGAAGCCCGGCUGCCUUCGCGCUCUUCCUCUUGUUGUCCGUCUCCCUCCUUUGUUCAUCCCUUUGCUCUGUGGCUCUUCCUUCCAUGUGCAUGAACAAUAUACUCCUGCUUCUCGUAUUCUCUUCUGACGCACGGCCGAAGAAUUCAUUGUCUGGGAACGUGAGAGAAAAAGAAGCAGAGAAUCACUGAAGCGUGAAACGUCUUAUAUGUAUGUAUAGUGGGAAUAAGGGACGAGGGAGCUACCAACGAGAGUACAGCUGAAAAGGAAAAGGAGAGAGAAACAGGAAGGCACAGGCGCACAGCACGCAACAACAUACUGCUGCAGAGAGAGAGAGAGAGCACACAAAAGAAAAAGCACUGCUGGAAAGGGGGGAGAGAGAAAGAGAGAGGGGACUGAGGAGGGGUGUCUUUUGUUCGUGUUGCUGCGACCCCUCUACAGUCUAUAUGGCUCCUUUUUACCGGGAGAGAAAUGCUGGGGAAUCGAAGAGACACAACAUGGGUGUUGCAGGGAAUGGUGUCUCCGGUCUCGGUUCACCGUUUGGUGAACUGGGUGUCGAGUUUUCGCACUCAGAAUUGAGGGAGACAGCAUACGAGAUCUUCGUUGCUACGUGCAGGCCGUCGGCGGGGAAGCCCUUGAGUUGGAGUCCUCAAUACCAGAGGAGCGGCGAAAGGGAGAUGUCGCUCUCUCCGUCUCCGUCGCCGGUGUCCUUCUCGUCCACUUAUUCUCCUGCUUCUUCGUCUCCAUUGCAGAGGUCGCUGACUUCCUCUGCUGCGAGCACCGUGAAGAAGGCUCUGGGGUUGAAGUCCUCCAAGAAGAGCCCGUACAAGGACGGGAGCCCGGCCCGGUCGUCGAAGAGGCCCACCACGGUGUCCGAGCUUAUGAGGAUUCAGAUGGGGAUUUCUGAGGAGAGGGACAGCCAAAUUCGCCGUGCGCUGCUGAGGAUCGCCGCGGGACAAAUAGGGAAGCAAAUUGAAGCAAUGGUUCUGCCUCUAGAAUUCUUGCAGCAAUCCAAGGCUUCAGAUUUUUUAAACCCUGAAGAAUAUGAAGCUUGGAAGGUUAGGAAUUUGAAGGUCCUUGAGGCUGGUCUACUUCUGCACCCUCUGGUCCCUUUGGAGAAAAAUGAUUCAGCUGCAGGGAGGCUUUGCCAAGUCCUGAAAGGAGCUUCAGAGAGGCCAACAGAAAUAGGAAAAAAUUCCGAGUCAAUGCAAGCCCUACGAAGUACUGUAAUGCCUCUCGCUUGCCGAUCAUUAGAUGGAUAUCCCACAGAUACAUGUCAUUGGGCUGAUGGGUUGCCUUUGAACCUUAUGCUUUACCAGAUCCUUUUAGAGGCUUGUUUUGAUGGUAAUGAUAAAUGUGCACUAAUUGAGGAGCUCAAUGAGGUGUUGAAUCUCUUAAAGAAGUCAUGGUUGAUGCUUGGAAUAAAUCAGAUGCUUCAUAAUCUCUGUUUUUCUUGGGUCCUGUUUAAUCGGUUCAUUGCAACUGGGCAAGUGGAAAGCAGUUUACUGUUUGCAUCUGAGAAUCAAUUGGCAGAAGUUGCAAAAAAUGCAAAAGCAAUCAAGGACCCUUUAUAUGCCAAUAUAUUGAAAUCAAGCCUUUCUUCGAUGUUGGGUUGGACUGAGAAAAGGCUUCUUGCCUAUCAUGACACUUUUCAGGCAGACACCAUUGAUCUGAUGCAGAACACAGUCGCCUUGGGCAUUUCAGCUGCUAAGAUUCUGGUCGAAGAUAUUUCAAGCCAGUAUCAUCGCAGGCGGAGGGAAGGAGUUGAUGUAUCUCGCAACAGGGUUGAGGCUUACAUUAGGUCCUCUAUUCGUACCGCCUUUGCACAGAAAAUGGAAGUGGUUGAUUCAAGCAGGCGAUCAUAUGGAAACCCAAGAAAUCCUCCUCCUCCAGUUCUUUCUGUCCUUGCAUUGGAUAUUUGUGAUUUGGUGAAAUACGAGAAGGAAGUGUUUAGUCCAGUCCUGAAGAAAUGGCAUCCUCUGGCUGCUGGUGUGGCAGCUGCAACUCUUCAUGCAUGCUAUGGGAGUGAGUUAAAGCAAUUCUUAUCCGGUAUAACAGAGUUAACUCCAGAUGCUGUAGAAGUUCUGAAGUCUGCAGACAAUUUAGAGAAGGAACUGGUUAAUAUUGCUGUUGAAGACUCAGUUGACAGUGAAGAUGGUGGAAAGGGAAUAAUCCGUGAGAUGCCUCCUUAUGAGGCUGAGUCUGUGGUGGCUAGUUUAGCAAAAACGUGGAUAAAGUUAAGGGCUGAAAGUCUUAGGGAAUGGGUGGAUAGUAACUUGCAGCAAGAGGCUUGGAAUCCAAGAGCAGAAACGGAGCAAUUUGCACCCUCUUUAGUGGAAGUUAUUCACAUGAUGGAUGAGACUGUUGAAGCAUUCUUUCACCUCCCCAUACCAAUGCAUCAGGACUUAAUCCCACACCUGGUAUCUGGUCUUGAUCAAGGUCUUCAGCACUACAUAUCCAAAGCAAAAUCUGGCUGUGGAACAAAAAGCAGUUUUGUACCCACCCUGCCAGCAUUAACUAGAUGUACAACCGGUUCAAAGUUGGGGGUUUUCAAGAGAAAAGAGAAGCUGCCUAUGUUCCAGAGAAAGAAAUCACAGGUGGGCAUAAUGAAUGGUGGUGAUUCAUUUGGUUUGUCCCAACUAUGCAUCCGCAUGAAUACUCUGCAUCAGAUCUGCACGGAGUUGGAGAUUUUGGAGAGAAGGAUAAUUUCUCAUUUGAGGAAUGGAGAGUUCACAGACAUGUCUGCGUUAAAUGGUGAAGAAGCCAAAUUUGAGCUUGCCCUUGCUAGCUGUCAUGAAGGAAUUCAACAACUCUGUGAAGCAACUGCAUAUAAAGUUGUCUUCUGCAGUUUGAAUCACCUUUUAUGGGAAGGUUUGUAUGUUGGAGAGCCAGCAAGUUCAAGGGUUGAACCUCUGUUAAGGGAGUUAGAGCAGAACCUUGAGUUAGUUGCAAGUACUGUGCACACCCGAGUUCGCGUUCGUGCUCUGACUGCCUUAAUGAAAGCCUCCUUUGAUGGGUUCCUGCUAGUUCUUCUUGCAGGAGGGCCAUCCCGUGCUUUCUCUCGCCAAGAUUGUCAGCUGAUAGAAGAAGACUUUAGAUUGCUCAAGCAGUUGUACCUUGUUGAUGGGGAUGGAUUGCCCCAGGAACUGAUCGAGACGGCAGCAAUACUUGUGACAAAUAUCCUUCCUCUUUUCCAUGAAGAGACUGAAGAUCUGGUUAAGCGAUAUAAGCGCACAGUUGCACAGGUGUAUGGUUCCUCAAUAUCCAAGAUUACUCUCCCUCCCACACCAAACAACUGGUCACCAUCAGAUCCAAACACAGUUCUGCGAGUUCUUUGUCAUCGGAAUGACAAGGCUGCUAUAAAAUUCUUAAAGAACACUUAUGGCCUUCCAAAGAAGCUCUAGCAUCUUGGACAGUAUCCUCCAUGUGAGACCAUGGAGCAGUUCCAUAUGUAAUUAUGUACACGAGGCAAAUUUUGUAGUCUUUUUUAGGGGUUUUUCACGAUAGAGCUAAUGAAGGCGUUAGGUUAUAUGCAUUACUCUUGUGGCAUGUGCUGCUUCUAACCAUCUGGCCUGCCAUUACAAAUAACCCAGUUGAACAUCGGAAUGUCCUCCUUUAUUUUCAAUAUCGAUGACCUCAGUUUGUUGACCUUAAUUCUUGUUGUGUAAUUUUCCACGUAGUAUAGAAUGAGCCGAUGUAUGAGAUGCGGCAAUUUGGCACGAUUAACUAGGAAUCUGAAAAUCCUUUACAUUUUUGUCUCAAUGUUUGGACGUUUGGGUUUCCACAGAUUGUAUAGGUUGAUGGAAGCACACAAUAAAAGAAAUUUGUUCCUUUGGUUUUC